UGGUAGUGGGCUCUGUGUAAGGGGGGGAGGAAGAGGAAGAGGAGGGUAAGAGAGGCGAGCACGCGCCUGUUCCCGAGAAAACGGGAAAGUGCGGCUUCAGAGUCCACGCACGAGCACGCCCCCCCCUCUCUGUCAAAGGAAGGAAGAGUAGCAGCGGCGUCGAAGGGGGCGGGGCUCCCUCGGCUCUUUUUGAGGCGCUGCCGCUCCGCAGACUGGUCGCACCUGGCUGGGCUGCUCGCUCGUCUUUUUUUUGGGGGGGGGAGAAAAACCUGAGAGGGGGACGACGACGACGACGGUUCUUAUCCCGACGUAAAGGGGAGACGAAAGACUCCUGCCACAAGUUUGGAAUACAAAGAAAAGGAAGUUACUCUGACUAGACAAUGAUUAGAGAUACAAUGAAGACUUGGAGUGACAGUCAGUCAGACCUUUAUAGCAGUGACCUAGAAGAGGAAGAAGAAAUGAUUUUUGGAGAAAAUGAAGAAGAAUUGGAAGAGAUGAUGGAUUUAAGUGACCUGCCUACCUCACUCUUUGCUUGUAGUGUUCAUGAAGCAGUGUUUGAAAUUCAAGAGCAAAAGGAAAGGUUUGAAGCACUCUUCUCAAUCUAUGAUGAUCACGUUACAUUCCAGCUGUUUAAAAGCUUUAGAAGAGUAAGGAUAAACUUUAGCAAUCCAGAAGCAGCAGCAAGAGCACGAAUAGAACUUCACGAGACAGACUUCAGUGGGAAAAAGCUGAAGUUGUAUUUUGCCCAGGUUCAGGUGCCCAGUGAAGUGGGAGACAAAUCUUACCUCUCGCCCCCACAACCUGUCAAACAGUUCCUGAUAUCCCCACCUGCAUCCCCACCAGUAGGAUGGAAGCCGAGUGAAGAUGCCACUCCCAUGAUAAACUAUGACUUGCUCUGUGCUGUUUCAAAAUUGGGCCCUGGUGAGAAAUAUGAGCUUCACGCAGGAACGGAGUCCACUCCCAGCGUUGUCGUCCAUGUGUGCGAAAGUGAAACAGAAGAGGAAGAUGAAAUAAAAAAUCCCAAGCAGAAGAUAGUGCAGACAAGGCGCCCGGAUCCACCUCCCACAUUGAUAAAUGAAACAAAAACUCUUGAAUGUACACUAGAGGUAGGGGGUGGGAUGCACUACUGAUUUUUGAGGCUAUCUAAUAACAUCAAUGGAUGGUAAAUGUUUGCAUUGCUGUGUUAUGCAUAGCGGCAAAAGACUCCUCUUGUAGUCGUCUCGCAUCAGAAAGACUUUAGAUGCCAACAUUUUGAAGAGCACUUUAAUUUUAAGGUUAACUCCCAAGAUGUAGCAAAUCCACUGGGUUUCAAGUCCUAGAAUACUAUGAGGGUGCCAUUUUUGGAAUGUGUAUUACCAUUAUCUUGGUGUUCAAAGGCUGAAAGGAACUUGGCUGCUGCCAUCUCUAUAUGGGUUUCCACAAGGUUUUGUAUGUGAGUCUCUCAUGUAUAUUUUUGUGUGCUGAUGUAUAACAUGAUCUGAUUAACAUGAUGUCCUAAGUAAUAUAUUGAUGAAAUAUAAAUGUAAUGUACAAUGUACAUUGUUAUCAGUAGAAAAA